ACCAUAAUCUCGUAAUUUACGAGACUACAUAUUUCUCGCGAGAGAUAAAUUCCUGCAAGCGAAGAGCGAUCUUGCUCUGAUGGCGGAUGACUCUGACGACGAAAAGCAAGGAACUAGAAUUGUGAGUAACCAACCUUAUGAUGAAUCGCUAGAAGUUCCUGACGCAGAAGAAGUCGCCUCACUCUACUCCCCCAGCCCUCGGCAGCCAGGUGCACUGCCAGGUGGACUGCUAGGUCAGAACAGAGGCAUCUCACCAGCCAUGACGGAACAAAGUGAUGACUUUGAGACAGGGCCCAUGGAGAACAAGCCCAUUUCCCAAGCCCAGCAGCCUCUCGCUCUGCAAAGACCGGAGGCUUCCGAUGAAGAUGAUGACGACGAUGACGACGAUGAUGAUGAUGACGAUGAUGACUCUGGAUCCAGUGACGAUGAGGAGGAUGAAGAGGACAAUGCAGGGUCUAGGUUAGAAGGAGCGUACGAUCCUGCUGAAUACGAGAACCUGGCCGUCACAUCAGAGAUCAAGGAACUGUUCCAGUAUAUUACCCGAUACACACCGCAGACCAUUGAACUAGAUCACAAACUCAAGCCUUUCAUCCCAGACUACAUCCCUGCUGUCGGCGAUAUUGAUGCCUUUAUCAAGAUCCCUAGACCCGAUGGUGAGGAAGAAUCUCUUGGUCUUACUGUCUUGGACGAGCCCUGUGCCAAGCAGUCUGAUCCUACAGUACUAGACCUGCAGCUGAGGGCCAUCUCUAAACAAACUACGAGCAAGGCUAUGACGGUUCGGAGCAUCCAGGAAGCAAGCAAGAACCCCAAGCUAAUCAACAACUGGAUAGAAAGCAUCAGUGAUCUACACAGGUCCAAACCACCACCUACAGUGCAUUAUACUAAGACAAUGCCAGAGAUUGAUGACCUGAUGCAGGAGUGGCCUGCUGAGUUUGAGGAACUCUUGAAGACCGUGGGUUUACCUACAGCGGACAUUGACUGCGAUCUGAGUCAGUACGUGGACAUGAUCUGUUCGAUCCUGGACAUCCCAGUAUACCAGAGCAAGAUCCAGGCCCUGCAUGUGCUCUUUACGCUCUUCUCAGAAUUCAAGAACUCACAGCAUUUCCAGAGUCUUGCGGAAGAGAACAAGCUUGACAACGCACUGAAGGGAGGGGCUGAAGAAGGGGACGAAGGGGAUAGAUUAGUUCUUUGAUACAUUCCAUCCACCAUCUAAACCAAGGGGGUGUUUCACAAAGAUCCUAAGUUGAACUUAUCUCUAAUUUGGACUUAACAAUUAUGGAAAGCCGUUAGCAUCCUUGAAA